AUGCGUUUCUCUAGUGCUGAUCGAAGUGCUGGACGUUGUUCAAUAUCGUUUUCGUAUUUCUGCAAAUCACCAAUUUCAGAAGUGAUUGCCGCCUCACCUGAAAUCCCAAUUCCGUCGGUGCUAGCAACGCCUUCAGGUAAAUCCCGCUCAAAUACGCUUGUUGAGGCUUCUGCCGCCAGACCAGCAUUCGUUGAUUCAGCUAGUGUCAAGCUCACACUCUUCUAUCUUCCAUUUUCCCGACCAACGACGGUUCAUUUUGUUCCCUCAUACGCUGCAAAUAUCUCUGUAAACACGCACAUCAUUCAAUCAAUGUCUAUCGGUCACUUGUUUUACAAAGUUUUCAUUGUCGCGCUAUCCCUCUUUGUCGGCAUUGCAACAUAUGUAUAUGUUCGCGAUGACUUACACUCUAUUCGCGCUUCCAAGGCAAACUCGACUUCCAUACACGAAGAACGGAUGAAAGGUCAAGAAUAUUCGAAAGCUAUGAUCGAUGACGGGAAUAAAAGCGAGAUCUUCCCAAUUCUACAAAUGGGUCUUCCUACAGUUAAAGAUGCAGAGCUCGUAAAAGGAGUGGAACAUCAGCUUCCGGAAGCAGUUGCGGCAGAAGCCUCAACAAGCGUAUCUGGGCGGGAUUUACUUGAAGGCGUUGCUAGCACCGCGCAACAUACCACCCAUGAUCCGACUGAUGUUUCAUCUCGAAAUUAG